CGCUGCAGCAGGUCAACCUAAUCGACGUCCUUGCUUAGUCUCGGCCAAUCCGUUCUGGUUGAUCACGCUAGCACUCUUGGUUGCUCCCAGUCAUGGUCAAGCUCACCCCAGAGCUCCUGGCUCAAGCACCUUCUUCUCUAAAUCCUAACAAAGAACGCCAGCUUGACCUUCGCGGCUAUAAAAUACCCACAAUCGAAAACUUGGGUGUCACCAAGGACCAGCAUGAUGCCAUAGAUUUCACAGACAAUUCCAUUUCCGUACUGGGCAACUUUCCCCUUCUCAAGCGCCUACGAACUUUGCUCCUUGCUAACAAUCGAGUUUCAUCUGUGUCGCCGUCCAUUCAUCUCUCAGUUCCCAACCUGACAACUCUCGUGUUAACGAACAAUAAUGUGGCUGAGCUUGGUGAUCUGGAGCCUCUGAAAGAACUCAAAAACCUGAAGUACUUGUCCCUGUUGGGCAACCCUGUACGGGAAAAGAAAUGGUAUCGAGAGUGGCUUGCGUGGAGAAUACCAUCGCUGAGAGUUUUAGAUUUCCAGAGGAUCCGGGAUAAGGAACGUGAAACUGCGAAGUCCCUCUUCGUUACAGCUGACGGCCUUCGAACCGCUCUUGCCACGACGAUAUCCGAAACUGUUUCAAAGACUGGUGUGAAGGCGGCAGUGACUACGGACGAACCAAAAGCCGCACCCUUGACAGGCAAAGCGGGCCGUCUCAUGUCUAAGGAGGACCAAGAAAAAGUUAAGCAAGCCAUCGCAAAGGCGACCUCCAUAGAAGAGGUUAGACGGCUGGAGAGAAGUCUCAGGGAGGGUUACAUGCCAACUUUCGAGUCGUCAGGCUCAUGAGUAUAAUCUUGUUUGCCAUACGGAUUUGCACCUGUAUUUCUUUGCCGUAAUCGUACAUAUAAUGCAAGAAGACGAACGAAAAGCUAAGCGACGAUAUAUGCAAUCUCUAAGCUCUGCUGCCAAGGCAGAGGCCAUGGAAUGUCAGCAACAGGACUGCCCCUAAGUUAGCGAGGGAGCUGAUGCCAUGGAGGGCGCCGAAUCUAGCAUUGAUUUUCUUCAUCUCUUUUGAUACCUGAAAGCGAUAUCAGGGCUUCGGCGCUAAUAUUGCGACCACAGCACAAAGACCUUACCCCAGCUUCAUCGUAACCCUUGCCUUCAGCCUUUUCUAGUUUGUGACGUUGGAACAUGGUCCUUCGUAAAAGAAUUACUUCACAUCGUCAUAGCUUUUAUAAACAAUGCACUCACUUGCUGGUCAAAGGGCCAAUGAUGAGGUGAUUGCUUGCUUGCAUGGCGAUAACGCCGGUAAGAGUGUAAGCU